CUGGGCACCCAGGUCAAGGGGCACAUCGAGCGGCGGUUCGCCACCCGUUGGGGUGGUUCGCCUGGGCCGCGUCUGCGUGAAUACGUGCAGUCGUUGCAGGCAAUCUGGAAUUGCUGGGAUACGGGAAGCAACCUGGAAUACGCCGGCGAUUUCUACCAGUUCUCUUUGAUGACGCCGUUUUUCAGCCCCGGGCCCAGUGAAUACGCCCAUCCGGAAGUGUUCACCGCUGCGGUUAACGGCUACAACUGUCUGGUCGCCGGCGAAUGCAGCGACGGUCUGAUGCUGCACAGUCUCACCUCCCCCGAGUACGUGCGCCAGAUAGUCAAGCCCAACAUUGCCGAGGGCGCGCGACGGGCGGGGCGCGACCCGGCGGAUCUGUCCGUAGUUGGCGGCGGGUUCAUCGUAACCGGCCCCAAUCAGGCCGCCAUCAAAGCAAUGGACGCCGAAACGCGCCGUCGGAUCGCUUUUUACUCCUCCACCCGCACUUAUUUCCCGGUGCUGGAGUGUCACGGCUUCGAAGACGUCGGCCGCCAAUUGCACCGGCUAUCUCUGGAAGGCAAGUGGGAAGAGAUGGGUGCUCUGGUGCCGGAUGAGAUGCUGGAUGCCUUCGCCAUUAUCGGCGAGUACGACGAGAUACCCGGCAUGUUCAAGGAACGCUACGGCGGGUUGGUUGACGAAAUGCACUUCUCGAUUCAGACCACCAACAACGCGGAAUACGCCCAACUGCGCCGCAUCGUCGGUGAACUCCAGGAACUGUAAGGUUCCACUGGAUCGCAAAACCCCCUCUCCCGUCAAGGGGAGGGCUGGAGUGAGGGUGCGUUCCCCCUCUCCUUACGGGAGAGGGUUGGGGUGAGGGUGAUGGUGAAAUAA